GAGCUGAUGACCUCUACUAGUAUCGACUACGCUUCCAACGACUCCAGCUAUCUACGGGUUCAGAAUUUCACCGAAGGUGUGAACCUCGUGGAGCUGAAAAAUUCCCCAGUAGCUAACGCUGGUCAGCUCGAACGCGUUCUCUUCACACCAAAGACGUUCGGAGCCUUCACGCAAGCACCCUUCAUUUUCCAGGAAGAGAUCACGGUAAACGGCAUCCGAUUCGAGUUUACGACCAGGCGUGACGGCAUGUUGACAGCUGGAUUGGUCAAGCAGACAGAGUUUUUGGCCUACAUGGAAACUCUCAACAGCACGCAAUACUUCCAGGGCGCCAGAAAAGAUUGCCAGCGACAUCUAGCGGGUGUGAAAGCGGGUAUCAAAACGAUUCAGUACUUCUACAACUGCAAGCUAGAAAUCGAUACGGACUAUCUGCUCAUAGUCUUGAUAACAGAGACGAAUGAUCCAGUUGGGGAGUUGCAAAAUCUCGGAACCUACUACGCGGUGAUGGAGAGCAAUUUGACUGCACCGUUGCAAAGAACAGCCAUGUCAGACAAUCGACUGCUCAGUCUAGGCAGACUGAAGAAGAUGACCAAAGCGGAAAGGUUGUCGCAGACAGGAGUGUCGAAACUCUGGCUAGACAGUUUAGGCGGGUACUACGGAGCGCUGAAACUAGGUCAGGGCUUCUACUCUGCUGCUAACGCUGGCCGCAUCGACAGGGAACUAGAAGCACUCGAUGAUGCGACUUUUCUAAAAAAUCGGUAUCAUCCGUGGGUCUUGCAAACUGCUGACGCAGCGACUUGGGACUUUGCACCUUUGAGUGUGAAGAAACGGCCAUCAUUGGAAUUUGCUGUGGAUCCAGUGAUUGCGACAGUAGCGGAAACGCGCUCUGGCGUCGUUCCUGUCGGCUUCCAGAUGACGCUGCCAUCCGCAUUGGACGGAACCAAGAUCGACUUGUUGACAGUGUCUCAACUAGGCUUCGUUUGGGUGUACAUCUUCGAUUACCUAGAUAACAGCAUUUUCGACAUCAUCAACGCGAUUAUGGCGACUGAAGAGGUGACGGAAGAUUCUAGUACAGGAGGAGCGUCUAGUACAGGAGGAACUGCUGGUUCGUCUUCAUCUUCUUCAAACGCUACGGUCACAACCGCAGCAUCAGCUGGCGGGACGACAACGUCGACCAAGGCGCCUUCGAUUCUUGAUCAACAACCGGAGUCCGCACGUUGCUACGUCGCACGCGUUCCGGUGACGAAUUACACCAUGAAGGUGGACCUGCCGAACUGCACUCUACUAGCGAAUGCCAGUUACGACGUCUACUUCUAUGCCGCCAAGUCGGAGCAGGAAGCUGGGUCUCUGUUCGUACGCACCUUUGGAGUCUCUUCCAGCAACGACUUCGUCGCCUAUCCGCUCAUCGAUAACACCCAAGGCACGGGGCAAUUCGCCCUGACAAUUCGUCUGCGCGGUGACGGCUUUGUUUGGGCUGGGUUGUUUGCGUGCACAGCUGACACCACGUGUGCGAGGAACGUGUUGGCGAACCCUAUCAGCUUUAAGGGUAUCUUAGCUGGCACAGUCACCAGUCCGAACGAGCUUGUUGGCGGCGAGACUUGUGCUUUACAAGGAACGAGUCUAGCGGCUGAUGCGGCUUAUGUUGCAGCAAAUUCCGAUGGAAGUAGCUCCAGUUCGUCGAGUACAACAAGUUCAAGUGUGGCUUCCUCCUCUUCUAGCAAUUCUUCAUCUGCCUCAUCUCAGCAGCAGUUCACUCUCGUUUGCAAGGGUCUCGAAGCCGCGGUCACCUACUCCGUGGUCGCAUAUGCUGAAGACCAGAAUGGUCGAAACGAUGGCCGCGCCUUUGGGCCGAUUGAUUUGAUAUUUCCCGAAGCUGCCAAUUACAUCAUUGAGUUCCCGGAGUUUCAGCAUGAGCUAGACGCUUCGCCCUACGAUCACAGCUUGGCGACAGUGGGAGAGCUAGGAGUCAAAUUCCGCGAUUCCUACUCCUUUGAGUUCGACGGCAACCACUCAGACGCUCUGGCGCUGUUCUGGGCUGAAGACUCAACCGGGAACAAGAACAAAAUCAACAUUCAGUCGUACUUGAACGACGGCGUGUUUGACCGCAAUGACAGUAGUGUCUUCUGCAUGCUAGACACCCGAUUGCCUUCGCCUUACAACUACUACAUGGCCCAAAACGUCUACACUUCUGCUUGGAACAACAUUACGGAGAACCGCACAAACUACUCGAACUACACCGAUGCAAAUGGCACUUUACAAACUCUGGCUUCGGUUUACGAGCACAGUUCUUCCAAUCUCGAGACCAACGUGACGAACCCUCUGGAUGUAACAGAGUUCCUAGCCAACAACACUCGCAACUUGACCAUGGCUUGCGGUCCCAACGUGUUCGACUUCUGCAAGACCUAUACUGCAGUGCUCUAUGUCGACGCCGGUCGCGCAAACUUCUGGGACGGCCGCUUGUUCAAACGCAAUUUCACUUUACCUUGUUCUAACGAGUUCACGCGCACUGGACUGAGUGGCCUGAGUCACCAGCUAUCGGCGGCAACAUCUAAAGACUUCCUGCAAGUGGAAGAUUUAACCCAAAGUGGUGGAACUCUGCGUUUUCAAGCAGUGCGACCCGGGAAGAUCUGGCUAGCUGUCGUCGAUCCCUCGCUGCAGAACAGUGGAGUGUUCACGACAGGCACACAGUUGGUCAACUUCGUAAACUCGCUGAACAAUGGCGGUGACGGAAGCAACGUGAAUGGCACGAACGGCACAGUCUUCCACAAAAAGUGCGCUCUGUCGGCACCUUUUGGCGUCAGUUCCGGUUCUUCAUCUGCAGUAAGUUCAUCAUCAUCGUCCAAUUCAAGUAGCAAUGAUACCAAUGGCACCUCCAACGGUAGCAAUUUGACAACUUUAUCAGCGUCCACCUCAUCUUCGUCCUCAGGUAGCUCAAGCUCUUCUUCUGGGCUUUAUGACGCCACUCGCGACUUGCCCUUCACCGUCUCUGGGGGAUCUAGCGAAGACACGAUCAACAUCACUGAAUGUGGUCUGCGAACUGGCAUGGCUUACACCGUCUACGCGUAUUUGACCGACGAGAACGGGCUCUCUACUGAUGGCACUCUCAUUUAAGGGUUGUAAGUUGACCUUGACCUCUCUGACAACUCUGGGGGGAGCAUAUCUACUAGGCCUAUGUAUUCCAAGAAGCGAAGGCAUAGAAGACAUGCAAAAUAGAAGAGAUGUCAACUUCCAACCACUAACUCUUCAGUCAGAACAUCACGGUUCCCACUUCGAACGACUUCAUCGCCGGUCCGGGAAUGGUACGGAUGUUACCGGUCAACCACGUCAAUAGCUACCUGCGCACCUCGGUCAACAUCUCUCUCACCACGGAAACAUCGGGUAAAGUGUGGGGUGUGAUUCUACCAGACAGGGAUUUCCCGAUGCCAACACCGACUGGAUUCGAAAUGGUCGCGGGCACGAGUGGGAUCAACUCGUCCUCACAGUUGACGUACGUUAAAGACGACAUGGCUGCUUCGACGGGGAGCAGUAGCUAUGUGAGCUACGAAGACGCUUUGUACUGGAACAUCAAGUACCUGGCAAGCACGUCGGUAGCAGGGGUCAAAGCGCCUGGCCGAAAUGGUGCAGAAGAGUACAUCUUUCCACCGGUGCCGAGUAACUGUAGUUUGGCUGGCAUCUCUGUCGAGGUCAGCAUCGAGGCUUUCCUAACAAUGCCUUGUGCUUUGGUUCCAGAAAACUUGUACCGCCUGUAUCUCUACGUGGAAGGCGAUAGCACAGUCACUGGCGGCUAUGGCGACUACAAUCGCGGCGUGCUGUCGCACAAAGUGGAACUUAUCCAGCACUACCGGGAGAAAAUUUCGAAUGCGUUUACUCUGUACCCAAGAUUGCUCGAUGCAGCAACCCAAGAUCGAAUCUUUUUCGAGAUGCAGCCACUGAUUUCCGGUUUGGCCUGGAUCAAGGUUCUGCAUUACGAGGACGCGGUUCUCAGUGGCGAGGUGUUAACUGCAAGUACCGGGAACUUCUCACGGUACAGCUCUGCAGACUUCUAUGCCAUCGAAAACAUCAAAUCAGGCGAAGUAACCAGCUUAUGCGAACUCAAGGCCUUACUGUGGUCCACAGAGUUAUCGACUUGGACAUUGACAAACUGCAACCUGCUAAUGGGGGAGAAGUACGUACUGUUUGCGUACGUAGAAGGUGGAGCAGGGAAUGGAGCGCCUCUGCUGCCGAUUUUAGAUCCGAAUGCCGGAAGUCAGGCCUCUGGUGCCGGCUUGAAUUCAUCUACUAGCUCUAGUUCGAAUUCGUCCAGUAAUGACAGCAAUUCCUCGUCGGCUUCUGGCGCAGGGUCCUCAGGAUCCUCAGGAUCUGGCAGUGGAGCAUCUUCGAGUUCGUCCGGCAACCUCCCCUCAGGACCAGUACUGGGUCUGAUGGGUCCUGGCAUCGUGUUUCGGCCAACCUAUGCGAACUCCUUCAAAACCAAACCCUUCCUGUCGCAGACUGCGGCUUUGAACUCGAACUCGAUCUCCGUGACCUUCCAAGCCAGUGAACCGACAGGCCGAGCGUGGAUCACUGUGGUCGAUCCGAGGCUUCCACCUGGCGGUAGCGGUCUCCGCACUGGCGCGGCAGCUGACUACGCCUUCGACCCAGCUGCGGUUACUUUGUCGGAACCUUUAAGGCCUCACUUACUCCAUCUUUUACAACGGCAUCUGUAACUAAGCUGUUUCGAGUGGAAAAAUAGAACCAGAUAAGGGAAAAGAUGGAUUGGAGUGAGUUCUAAAAUCUGUCUCGACCUCCGUGACACCGCUUUUGGCGCCGGAUCACACAGUUGACGAACUUCUUACCGCUUCACCGCACGACUGCUUGAUCUCCAACUUGGCUAUUGAUGACUCUCUCCAAACCGUGGAACUGAAGAAUUGCCAACUGAUAGCUGGCCAGAACUACGAGAUCAAAGUGUACAUCCAGGACAGCAUGAAAGGCGUCUUCGACGGAAUCAUGAGCGAAUCUCUGGAAGUGAAAGUUCCGUUCCAAGACAAAGUGCAGAACAUCUUCCUCAGCUAUCCGCGAGCAGUGUCGACCCCGACUGCCAGUGGUCUCAACUUGACUUUCGUGCCCUCAUCCAGAGCAGGUGUAGGCAUCGCGAACAUCCAGACCAGGGCUGCUGCGAGAUCCGCCACGGUCGAAACAGUGCGUGCUUUCGCUGGCGCUCUGGGUGAUCCGGUCAAAUGUAGGAAAACCAAUGAGCCUUUGCUCCAAGCUGGCGUAACACUGAACGACACGCUUACGCCUGUGAGGUUUGAAUUCUCCAACUGUCAACUUGAGUCCUAUCAAGAAUACGCGGUUUUCGUCAUGCUCAUCGGCGCGGACGGAAUGAUCGAAGGCGCAGUUUUGAGCUCGCCACUGUACUUCACAGUCCAGCCGAGCAACGUUUUCACCGAAGAUCCGGUGAUGAGCUCUUCACCCUCUAGAAACACGGCGAAAGUCGAGUUCUUCUCCUUGAAUGCAGGCUCAGCCUACGUCUACGUCGCGCAACAAGCGAUUGCAUUAACGAUUUCAGACGCGAAAGCGCUAAUCAUGGCUCAGGGUCCGCCGAGCUGUCACGUUUCUGGCGAACCGAUUUCCGCUGGCAAGAACACGAUUGAGCUCACAGGCUGUAACCUCGCGAGCGGAAACAAGUACAAAGUCGUCGUUUACAUCGAAACCUCAACUCUGGACACGAUGCAAACCGUGAAUGGGCAGUCGAAGUCCGCCAAUGACGGCACUUUAACCUUCGUCAAUUUCGAACUCGACUUUGCUGCUUCCAACACGUUCCUAUUGUACCCAAGAUUGACGUCUGUGCCAACCUUCCGUGGCGUAGAGUUCGAGUUUUCAGCCGAAUUCAUCGGCUUCUACUGGUCUCAUUUCUCAAAAACUUUGUCGUGUCUAAGCGGUGCGGCGAUUACACAGGGUGCGUUUCAACAGAAGAACGCGAUUACGAGGAUACCGAGGACACAGUCGAUAGACGAAUUCUUAGCGAAUUCGCAAAACCCAAACUCCACCGUUUCGUCUAUCACAGUGGAUGGCUGCAUCAAGACCGCAGUGCCGAUCACGACUCCAGGCUUGCAGACUGUCCGCAUGACCGACUGCGCUUUCGCGUUCAACGUCACGUACCAUUUGGUGGUCUACAUCUCUGGUCAGUCGCAGUCGGACGGUGUGGCUGCGCCACAGCCGAUCGAAAUCGUGGUUCCUACGAAAUCUAACACCUUCUUGAUGGAACCGGAGUUCCUCCAGACGCUCUCGAUGUGCUGCGUGGGUCUGCAGUUCCAAGCUAGUCAGCCUCUGGGUCGUGCGUGGGUCAAUGUCGUCGACAAUGAAAAUAUCCCGUUCGUCUCAAUCGCGACCAUGAAGGGCCAAUCGGCGUCCUUCGCGGGAAUGGACCUGAGUAUGGCAACGAUGCAAGUGGGCGACCCUGCGAAGUGCUCUUUAUCUGGCGUGACAAUAACCGACGCUGUGCAGGACGUGCGCUUAUCCGCCUGUGACUUCAAGGAGAACGGAAUUUACGCGAUCUUCGUCUACAUCGAGGACUUGGACAACGAUAAUGACGGUUCGUUCUUCGGCCCGCUGGUACAACGCGCUCCUAGGUUUCCGACUGUGUCGAAUACGUUCCAAGUCUGGCCGCAUUUGAUCACCGAGUCAACUCUCGGACCUGGUGGCCAAACGUUGAGGUUUACUCCCUUAUACGACGGGCUGUAUUACGUUUUGAUUGUCCAUAGUCUGGACAAAGACCGCAUUACGACAUCUACGAUCAAAACCGCCAUGACGGAAUACGAAUACCCGCCAGCCGAUUUGUUUCCGAAUUCAGACACAACGUGUCGAGCCAAGGGCCUACCUGGAAUCGGAGGGCAGACUGUCACGUUCGAGAUGACGCUGUGUCGUCUGCGUAUGGGCUUCGAUGCUCAGGUGUACUACAUGUACGUCUUCGUCGAGGGACCGCCACUUGGCCAGUACUCGUUCUUACCGGGAACAUUGUCUUGGCCGAUAAAACUGACGGAUGAAAAUAUGCAAGUCACGUAUGCAAUCGAUGGAGCGCCAGUCACCUACGGCACACCGACUGUCAACGGCUUCAAAUUCUCCCUGCGUCCCAUGGUGGUCCCAUCCGAAACCAGUCUCAAGGAGAACCGACGUCACACGCCGGACGAAGGUGUAGGCUUGUGGGCUGCGAUCUUUCCAGAAUCUGUUGUGCCAAGUCUCGAGAUCGCGACUGACAUCAUUCUCCCGACCAAACUGAUGCCAAAAGCUGUUAAUUUCAGUGCUACAGAGGGUUGUGGUUAUUGGGAACACCCAAUAGCGCAGUACGACGUCCGUUCCCACUUCGAGUUCACGAACUGUCACUUACCUCCUGGCCAAGAGUACAUGGCUGUCUACUACGUCGCGCCCAUUGGACAAUUGUUAAGGCUUGAGAAUAGAAAUACAUCCAUCUUUCAUUCUCGGCAUCUUGGGGGCCCCAUUUAUUUGAAGGGGAAAAGGGAAGCAAGAUGCUGACCGCGAUGGAUUUAGGCAAGGUCUAAAAUUGGCUGACAACUACAAGGGCAGUUUGGCCGUGACGAAGAUCUCUCCCGUAGUGAGGCAAAGAUCCAAUAGCUUCUACGUUGCUCCAUACGUGUACUUUGCAAAUAGUACACAAUUGAUCUUAAGGUUGAAAGCAGAAAGGAGUGGCUAUGCUUGGGGCGCGAUCGUGGAGAUGCGUGCGAUUAACGAGACGAGUCAGAAAGUUGUUCGAGAUAGACCCUGGACCUACGCGAUCGGUGGCACUUGCUACUUCGAAGGACCGAUCAUUGGUCAGGACAACACUGACAUUCACAGCUCGUGGACACUGAACAACAUCUGUCCGAUUCAAUCUGGUGUGAGUUAUCUGUACUUCGCGUACGUCUCGGGACCCGACAAGGACACGUUCGGGAGACUGAGCUUAGGAAAAGAGUUUUCCCACAAGUUCAACACGGUGUUUAUCCGAGUGGCGUUCUUCCAGGGUAUUCAGCACACUGGCGGUGCGCCAAUCGACUUCUACAGGGUCUACUUGAACGGCACUUUGGAGCAGCAAUCGCCCUACAUCGAACGCGUCAGCGAAACUGGCUACUUGGAUGUUCUGUGUAUUUUGGGUAGGUACUACGACAUCGCGAUCUCGCCUAGAAACGCCAUCGGAUGGAGCAACUAUCUAUCCACGCCAGCUAGAAUCCUCUGUGCGGAGCAGCCGUCCAUGCCCUUCAACGUCAGGAUUGCAGAGGAUGCCAGUCUCAGAACGCCCACCACCCUGCCACUACGCUGGGACAUCCCCACCUUCGAUGGCGGUACCCCGAUCACCGGCUAUCGCGUCUACAAAACCGUUGGCACCGAGGAAACCCUCGUCUACGAUGACAGUUUCAAUGCUUAUGGCGACCGGUCAAUCGAUGCCAUUGUGGUUCGAUACCGGGUGUCCAGUGUCACACUGUUUGGGGAAUCUACGAAGACAUUACCCCUAACGGUCGAAUUGACAGCAGUGCCGCGUGCGCCGCCACGAGUCAACAUCACGCGUGGCGGCUUGUCUGCUGUUAUCAUGCGAUGGGAUAUUCCGAAUGAUGGUGGUAGUGGCGUCAUCGGCUACGAAGUCGUAAAAGACGGCAAAGUGGUCCUCUAUCCACCUCAAAAUGCCUUCUUGAUGGAACCCUUUGUCACGGAUCUAGACGCAGAGUCUGUCACUUUGGAAUUCAAGAUGAACAAGACUGCUGGUUCGGUUUUCGUCAUGGCACGGCCUAAGAUCAACCGCAUCUUGCAGGAAUUGUCCUUGAAACUUGGGCCAGUGGAAACUCCAGAGGAAAUGCUAGAGAUAUUCGAAAAUGCCACCACCUGGUACUACGAUGCAGAUCGUCGGGACCCGACUAAUCCGUUGGUGAAGAAGAUGCGCUACACGACCGACGUCCACGGUCCGGAGACGGUCAAUUGCCUGAUGAACCAAACCUUACUCGAGUCUCAUUCUCUUGGCGCCAACUAUAAUGCUACUUUGCACGGAAACGCGGACACGUUUGGCAAAUCUGUGGAGUUCGAUCCGGUCAUCGUCAACAUCAAGCUGGAUGACUGCGAUUUCGUCGAAGGAAUCGAAUAUGAGCUCUACAUCUUAGUCUCGGACAACAAGAACUACUUUGCGGAACAAAUCAAGCGGUACCCGGUGUUCAGUAGGAAUUUAGUCUUCACUGGUCCGCCUGCACCGUUGUCAAAUCAGUACUACGCAUUACCGGAGAUAAAACCCAACAUCGUGUUGAGUACAGAUGGCACUUCGAUUCGAUGGAAAAUGCGGCAGAAUGCUACAGUCUGGGUCACUGUUGCGACGGCGGUAAUGAGCGUCAUGGUGCAGGGCGCGCAUGAGAUGAAGAGCUUUCUCGCACACGUGGGCAAAUCUCACACUGGCUGCUUCGGAGACAAGAAACCGCGAAAAAUCGAUCAGUUUUGGCUCGGAGGGAACGAAACUGAUGUGAAACUGCUUCCAGAACCACCGACAGCGGAUACCAAACCGAGUUACGACACCCUAGCCUGGACAGAACUGGAUUUGACGGGCUGUCAACUGCAGAAUGGUGUUGAGCACGUGGUUAUGGUGUACAUCGAAGAUACCUACGCGGCUUUGAACCCGACCUUUCCGAAGAGCAAUACUAAGGGCCAGUUCUGGCGCAUUCCGACAACGAUUCGGGUACCGCCAUUCUUGAACAGCUUCGCAACACUGCCGAGGCUGCUACAAACUGUGAGCCUAGUCGAUUCCAAUAGCGGCUUCGACAUCGAGAUUUUCCCAACCCAGCCGGGUAAGAUCUGGGUGUGGAUCAUGCAUCGACACUACCCGCGAUUGCCGACAGAUUCUCCGACUUGGUGGCCCUUGACGUUGAUCAAGGAGAUCCCAACUGGAGAGGUGUUUCCGUUUCCCUUCCGUCAAGCCAAUGGGCUGGGUUCAACCAAUGCGCAGUGUCUCAAGGUUAACAUCGACGUCCCAGCUGGACUGCAGACGAUCCGCCUAGCCAACUGUGGUCUAGUCGCCAAUUUUAAGACUUUCCGAAUUACAUCCCUGCUCACUCUACGACCACCAUCCUUGGCUCCUUUUCAAGGGGAAAAUGGGCCAAGGAUGUUCUGAAGAAUGCAACUCGGCAACCUCUAACAUCUUGCAAUACUAUCUCUACCUCUACCUGGAGGCGCCGGAGCAAGAAGGUAGCUUGUUGAUGAAGGGUCACUUGACGUCUCCCGGUUUGCCAUUAACGCCUGCUGGAACCGAUCGUGUGAACUUUUUCGGCCACAUGCCGGCUGUCACUUAUGCGGAUCCAAACAUCAUCCGCUUCACACUCAGCGUGAAGCAUGACGGCUACCUGUGGUUGUUCCCUGUUCUGUCGACCGACGCCCGUUAUGUCGACUCCGCAGCGAUUCUGUCGCUCGGCACAGUAGCGGACAGCGCUCGUGCGCAAGGCAAUCCAGCAACUUGCCGCUUCGUCGGAGCUUUGGUGAAUAGUACCUCGACUCCAGUCGAGUACGAAUUCCGAGAUUGCGCUCUGGUCACCGGCAGGGAGUACCGGUUAGCAGCUUUGGUUAGCGAUUUGGGCAGCAACCCACGACCUUCAACUAGUUCGGUCACUGAGGAAAACGAGAUGUCUUUGUUCUACUUGCCCAGGACCAGCGUCGCGUUUACCCAGAGUCCACUGUUGACUGGGGAGUUCUAUGCGCCGAAGCAGAUGUCGAUCGUAGGAGAUUUGAGCACUUCCGUAGAAACAGCUGAUAUCCGCCAGAUCGGAACCACGUUGGUGAGGCAAGCGAACAACGGCAUGAUCACGACCAAAGGUUUCAAUGUAACCUUCUCGGUGAACGACAGUGCCACAGUCUUCGCGUUCCUCACCACAGAAGAAGAACACCAAACGUAUUUGAGCGAGAACUUCAUCGAUGACGAAACGUUGGCGAGGUACGUGACCAACACGUUCACGAAUCGCACUUUGAGCUUCCAAUAUGGCAAUUACCUGAUCACACCCUUGACGAACCGUUCUAGCUGUUACAAGGGGCCUCUGACGUAUCCGCCGACGCCUGUGGGAACGCGUGAGUUCCUGAGUUUUACGGAUUGCGGAUUUGAGGUCGGCAAGAUGUACAGGUUCUAUCUCUAUGCCGUAGGACCGACUGGAGGACUCGGUUCCUUCUUGCGUGGAGCGCCAUUGGUGGUUUCGGAACUGCCGAAGGGCACGAUCAGCAACUUCGAGUCGAAUCCAGUUGUCAUUGUGGCGAAGAAAGAGUUCGGCAACACGAAUCGCGGAUUGCUGCGUGCCAACACGACGGAUAAGGACUACGUCUUCGUCGGGUUCAACGGCUUGACUGCCGUGAUGAACGUCGCGGUGUCGGCUACGAAGGAGUAUCGCGUAGUCUUCACAGUCUCCAAAAUGAUGCGAGCUUGGGUCCACGUUGCUCGCAGGGUCAAUCACGAAUUGCUGUUUUUGAAGCACACAGAUACGGUAGUAGACGAGAUCUCCUUCGACGACUUGAUUCUCGGAAAACGGCAAGCUGGUGGCACCAAAUGCAGAGUGGAGGAGGCCAUCGUGCAUUUCGGGAAGUCAGAGUUUCCAUUGAUCUGCGAAGAACUCAACUUCGGCAUCUACGAAGUCCGCGUAGCUGUGCAAGACAUCACCGAUCUAGAGCGCCCGGGUCGCAUCGCUUUCGCAGGUUUGAUCUCUGUGCCCUACGAAGUGCCGACGAUUGAUACGGUGAAUCUGCAGUACAAAGACCAGUUCCUGUAUCCGUUUUACGGCGUGCAGCACAGUUACCAGAUCCGUGCCGUGAAUCGCCUUGGUGUGGGCGUGAAUUCGCAGCCCUCAGUGCCGAUUCUGUCUGCCGGACCACCUCCGCCGCCGUUCUUGAGAGUGUCAAACAGGACAGCCACGCAGAUCAGUUUCACGUGGGGCGUGCCGUUUGACAACGGUGCAAGCAUUGCGGCUUAUGCAGUUUACAGGGACAACAUCCGGGUCUUCUUGGGACCAGAAAAUGCUUACACAGAUGCGAACGUUUUGGGUGGAGUGACGUACAAGUACAGGUUGUCUGCUUGGAACGCUGCUGGCGAGGGAGAGAGAAGCAGGGAAUAUGAGAUCAGCAGUUGCAGACUGCCAAACAAGCCUGCAGACUACAAGAUUCAACAUGCUUACACUGGAUUCCGAUUGACGUGGACUAUGCCACCAGAAAAUGCUUGCGAGAUUAUGGCUUUCAUCGUUUACUUAGAUGGUGUGGAGAUUGACAGAGUAGCGAGUUUGCGCAGCAAGACGCCGCCUUUUUACUACGAAAUCUCUGCCGCGAAGAACAAGUUGCAGUUGGGCAAGCAGUACAACGUCAGCUUGGCUACAGAGAGUCAAGGGGGUGAAAACGCGAUUUUGUCGGAGGAAACCUUCGUUGCACCACCCACAGUCGGCCAGAACAUCCUCGGUAUCCACGAGCAAAAGCGUGGAGCGAUUGUGCUAGAGUUCUUCCUCGAAGACGACGGCUAUGCGAAUACCUAUCCAAGUUUUGCAACCUUGCUGGGUGAAUCGCAGAUCUUACCAGACGAGGAUACUAAUGAGACUUUGAAUCGCAUUGGAGAGGAAACUCGAGACGCUCUUUCAGAACUGGAGCUUUCUCAGCAUGCAACUUUGUUUGCGCAUGAAGACCCCAACGACAACGACUUGAUCGCGAACCUAGGCUACGAGCGACGGUUUGUCGGAAGUCAUGGUCUAGAGGCAGUUGAGGAUUUGGAAUUGCUGUCCACAAAACCAGGGAAAGUUGUCUACUCAAGUUUGGACGGUCCAAGAUUAGUCAGCGACAUCUUAGCGCCGCCACCUCCACCGCCUGCGCCUUUUGAGAGGUAUCCACCGCCACCUGAUUACAGAAGAAGACGACUGCAGUACGGAAGCUAUUCGUAUGCGCCAACGCCAAGUCCGACACCGAGUCCCAUGCCAACACCUGCACCUAGUCCGAGUCCGGCGCCAACUCCGGCACCGACUCCUGCACCGGCAACCACUACUGUGGUAUCAUCGACGGCUGGAGCAGCAGGAGCUUCAUCGGGUGCUUCUACCGGUUACACUCCACCUGAUGUCGUGCAAGUGGAUCGUGGGUACGGAGAUCAAGGCGAUUCUGCUUUCCAGAUCGCUUCUUCGCGUGCAGCAGGGGGUCUCGGAGCUGGCUCUAACACCGCUGUUGGCGCAUUGCCACUAGAACGAACUGGCACAGUAGGUGCUAGUAAUACGGUUGGCUCAGUGUUGCCAGGUUUUACGUUCCACGCUGUGGAUUCCAAGAGUUACAGUGUGGGCUACAGAACACAUUCGACGGUUGAGGAAGUGUCCUUCCAACGCGCUUUGGACGAGUCGAUGCUGUAUAUUGAGAACGAGCAAACGCGUGAGAAGUCCUUGGCGAAAGCUAAGCAGCGUUACGCUUUGCAACUAGGCGAGAUUGAUGCUGGAGGACCGACAGACCGAGAAACAGCAGUGAAUAACUACCCAAAGAUCGCUUACCGAGAACCAAACACGGAUCUAAACGUCGCGCCACCAGCGUUUGCGAAUAGUUCAGGACACGUGAGCUUCGUGAAUCCGAGAGACGAUACGUCUGAAUCUUUGACGCGAUUGUUGGAUCCAAACCGGGUGUACCGUGAAGCAAUUGCGUUGCCAACAGCGUCUGCUCAGAUGAGCGUUAAGGCUUCCGGGAAUCCAUCUUCAGAAGCAUCUUGGGGCACCUGUCUAAUGGAAAAAGAGACCCAAGACGACUCUCAAGAUGGAUUCCCGGUAGAUCUAAGCGCAGCGCUGCAUCGCCGACGUCUCCUUUUACUUCGCUGACUGGCGGUCGCACCAACGGGGAAGGUUUAACUAAUCCUGGCACUUUUCUGCAAAGUAUCGACACUCUCCAGAACUACUACAACCCAGAGGGAACAGAGCGAUUCCGCGCAAUCGGACGGACAAAACAACAGGGCAAGGAGACGCAGAACCAUCCACAUCGGAUUAGCUUCAGAGGCGAUCCGUUCCUCGAGGACACGAUUGAGACGGUGAAACUGAACGAAGACCCAGAUAGGUUCUUCAUCGACGGAGUCAACCCUUUCGCCAGGGCGCAUUUAGUCCGCAUGGGUCUAGCUGGGCUAGCAAUGAAGCCAAACGAUGGCUCCCCUGCCGACAGCUUCUUCGCAGGUGAGAGAUCCAGAGUUGCGACCAGCGAACCUAGCAGGUAUCUGAUCCCGAAGCCACGCCGUUCUGCUGUGGGGUAUUCGAGACGCAUCGUCCGCAUUCGCAUGGAAGUUUUAGGCCUGGAGUACAAGAAACGCUACUGCUUUAGAGUCUACGGUAAGAACCCCUUGAUCCCUUAUGACGCGUUGUACUCGCCUGAAAUUUGCGCCGUCGCAGCGCCAGCACCAGAACUGACCUAUGCAGAUCUAGAGUCUGGCCAGGAACCUAAUGAGUUUCGCGUACGUUUCCCACCCGCUCAGGGUGAUGACGUCGCAGCCUACGAGGUUGUCGGUGUGUAUCGCGAAUUGACCACCGCUUUGCUGAAAUCGUUGACUCGUGUCGUCAAAGCAGAAAGCACCAUGGACAUCCCGCUCACCUGUGACUAUCUGGAAGAUAGUUACGAGCGGAUCUCCGUCAGAGCCAUUUCGUCCACUACCGGUUAUGGAAGACCCCAGCUGUUCCACAACAUCUCCUGUACUCUACGACCAGAAGUGUAUCCACCUCGAGUGCAGCACACCAAGAUCAUCAAAAACAACGGCCAAGACUACUGUCAACUAACCGUCGACUUCCAGCCAGCAGCCGGUGAUGGAAACGCUGUCUACGAAUAUCAGCUGUUCAUCAAGCCGCAAGGAAGCAACGAGCCGUUUAAAUUGGUCGGUUUGUCGACGCGAAAACCGGAUAAAGACCAAGUGAAAGCAGUGAUGCUCGCCGCAGCAGCGGAACAGAACACAGUGUUGCUACCGGAUAAGGGCUACUUGGACCAGGUGACUGCGAACGGGAGUGACUCCUACCGCUACAACUACAACUGUGCUGUGGAGCCUGGUGACAGGGAUCCUCCAGCAGCCUCUUGCGCUCUCACAGACCCAAGGCUACUCCAUAACGAUACUCGUGAGUACUGGUAUCGCUUUACGAGUUCGUAUUUGAACAAAAACGGAACGACCGCUGUAGACUACGAGAGUGCUCGGGUACCCGCUGAUUUCCUCUACGACAACAGCGCGUUUGGCAAUGCAGAGGAUCCUCUAGAUGGGGUUCAAAGUGUCAACUCCUUUGCUGGCAUUGCAACGGUGGAGAACCUGGUUUCGAGAGCUGAAAAUCGAGCAAAACUGCAAUCCGAAACCGAACCAGCGUUGCAGCACGAAAGUGACAAAUUGGUUACCGACGGUACCACCAGGCAACGUGUUGGAGCGUCGUUGCGGUAUUCCAAUCGGUACGCCUACACCAAGUCCAUGCUCCACCAAAUCACGAUCAUGGAACGUUUACCAUCAAGUGCUACCGACAACUACAACCGCGCAAAGGACCCUGUGGUGGCCAAAUACGACGCUUUCAUUGUUGGCGCUGGCGCGAUGGGGCGUGGUGUGUCCGAGAAAGCAGAACUAGCUUGUGUGAACAUUCCGACGCCACCUAGAAACGUCAGAGUUGCCGACUACGAACCUCAGGAACGCAGACAUAUCGAGGUUACGUGGGACGCGCCUUUGUCGGAUGGUGGCAGUCCAAUCGUCGCUUAUGAGGUGCACGCAAACAGGAAGUUCCUAGCCAGAGUCACAGGUGGUGUGACGAGAGCCUUCAUCCCGAUAGCUGGCAACUUUGAGCACCAAAUGGGCUACGAGUUCGUCGUCACGGCGUUUAACGCGUUCAAUGACGCUAGUCUGAGUGCUCUAGAUUCUGCACCGCCGCAGAGGACGAAGUUUUUGGGUCGUGCGAGGACGGAAUCAAUUGGUGAUCGCAGUAGGGGAUUAAGCAGUUCACAUCCGCCGACGCCUUGGUUCGCAGUUUUGCGACAAAGCGUUCGCUCACCAAAGGUCUAUUGCAUGAGUCUGGACAGCAAUUACCUAAAAAUCGGCUUCGAACCUCUACAGACCGAUGGAGCUCUGCCAACGACCGAAUACCAGGUUUACGUGACGCAUUUCGAAGCCAGUGCAGAAAAAGAGCGUUUGAUCUACCAAGGACCACAGAACUUCGUGGAACUGUAUCAGCUAACGGAAGGUCUGGAGUACAAAUUUCGUGUGCGAGCCAAACUAGCAGACGCUAUGUGGUCGAAAUUUGCUGAGUUCGUACAAGCACCUUGUGGUUUGCCAGCUGCGCCAACGAACCUGAGACUGGAACUCUACAAUCGAUCCACAGUGAGUCAGGAAUUAUACCUGUCGAAGGGUGUGCACCUGUCCUGGGACCCCAGCAGAACGUCAGCAGGCUGCAAAGUAGAUCGCUACCUAGUGUUUGGCGCGCAUAGCACCUACAGAAACCAAAAAGGCCGAGGAAGGGAGUUCUUGCUGUCCCGCGAUGACCGACACGCUCAUUACCGCGAAUUCUUAGGCUUUACGUCGUUCAACGAGUUCUACUUCGCGAACGACGAUCGAGUAAGAAGAGGAGAAAGCUGGGAAUUUGUCGUUUUCCCAGAAAAUGCGCGUGUGCGAUUCGGAGAACCGAUGGUUUUGCCGAACCUGAAGGUGUAUCACCACUACCCUUCAGCCGUCAAGUACGACUGGGCUUACUUAGAGCAUGUUGACCGAACUUACUACGCGUUUGGCAAUCCGCUAGCAAGAGAUCCACGCAAAAAAGCGCCUAGGAAAGGCGUUCCAGGGAGUUUUGCUAGUUUCUUCGACAGUUCAAGUGCUCUUGGCAUGGAUGAGAGAGUUGGACGCUUACCAGCAAACUUGGGUGCCCAGCCUUUCAGCGACCCGGUCUUCCAGCAGACUUCGCAGACCUAUUUGUCUGGUGUCGAACCCUUUACGGAUGGCGCCUACGAUUACGCUGGUGAAAGUCUAGUGGAGAAUCAGAAUCCGAAUUGGGAAUUGAGCUUACCUGGAAGUACUGUUCUCGUGCAUCCAGACUUCACGCACGAUCUCGAAUUUCAGCAAGAUUGCAUUGCGAUUCCUGCUAGGAAAGCCUGUGGCAGCGAGAUGGAGAGCAGGUAUUCUGAAGAAAUUAUUCGUAGCGGACGCAAACCAGAUGGCACGCCUUUGAAUGUGCGACAAAUCUUGACCAAUGGAGUGCCGAAUCACGUCUACGACGACGCUGGGAAGGAGGAAAGCAACCCUACAGUGAUCUGCGAGCAGCCGAUGAUCUUCCGACUGCCUCUCAACCCUCAAGUGGAGUUUCACGCUGAACCAACUCCGAUCGGCAUCACAGGAGUUCUGCGGUCUGGUGGUUUCGUUUUGAACCACCUAGGACAGCAUCAACACACGACGUUGGCGGAAAAACUAGCAGCGAACAAAGUGGCGAUGCACCCAGAUGUGGAGGGCAAAAUGCUAGACGCGUGCGAUGGUCAUGCAAGUUUCGGAUGUGAAUACGGCUAUCACAGCUUUGUGAGGCGCGAUGAAUGUGCGGCAGAUUGCAGCUGGCGACCAUGCAAGCUGAUCGGUUUUAUGCUUGACGGCUUCCCGAUUUACUCACAAUGCAACGGAUUGCGAUCUUGCUAUCACUUGAAACUAGUGCAAGACGAUUCGAUUGUGGGUGAUUUAGCGACGGACUAUGUCUAUGACCCAGUUGGGGAAAGGUACAACAAGCCUUGCGAUCUCGACGAUGCAAACGGUAUGGACUUCACUGGGAAAGGUAUAAUGGACGACUUUGGAGUCGAAAUUUUCGGCUAUGCCUACGUCGCGACAGAUGAGUACCCGUUUGUCCCGCCAAAAUUCAGAGGGAAACCGGUUCUGAGAGACGCACCAGAUGCGCGUGGAUACAUAGAUUACACGACUCUUCCAGACGCAAGGCAGAUUCCAGUCAAUCCCAGAGUGAAAUGCCAACCAGAUUAUACACCUUUCACUGGCGAUUUCGAUGACAAGGCUUUGGCGAUUGCAACUACAAACGCGUACCACAACACCACCACGGAUUAUUAUCCUCUGCAGUACGAGGAUCACACCAGCUAUCUGAUGCCCUACGUGGUGCCGAGUUCCAGCCACAUCGCUUCUGCGGGUGUCUGGUCUACGACGAAGAAUCUACGACCAUACGGCGAAUCUGACAUCCCCAGCCCCAUCGACUACUACGCUCAGGGCCAAAUUUUAGACGAACGCUUCAACACGGCGUACGAAUGGCCACCCUAUGCGGUAGAGAGCACGACAUUGGCUAUUCCGCCGACUGCGCCGCGUAACGUGCGCAGAGUCUACCCACCAGACACCUUUGCCACUGACUUCUGCACGUUCAACAACCUGGUCAAUUACAAAACACCGCUUGUCUACGGACCUAACGGCACUGUCAACAGGUCAGACCCGAACUGGAACUACUUCAACACCAUCGAGAGUUCCAACUCUCUACGAGGAGGCUUAAUUCCCAUCGAAUGGGAGCCACCGUUGUACAGUGGCGAACUCCCAGUUCUGGGCUAUACGGUCCAGGUGAACCUAGGAGGCAGCAGGGACAACGCGAUGUACGUUUUUGCCAAUAUCUCCGGUAUUAGCUACUACACGGAGCUGGACAGACAUGACAAGAUGGUGGUGAAGAAGCUGAGGACGUGUAUUCACAGCUUGGACGACGACUUUUCGAACGUGCUGGGUUUAAGGGUAGGUUAAAGGUGCUUUUCUUACCGCUUUUUAUGCCUUUCUCCCUUAGGAGAAAGGCAUAAAAAGCGGGGUAAGCAAGCACCAAAAACCUACCUCUAAUGGGUGGAGGCCGACUCUACGGCGUGCGCGUAGCGGCGUUCAACCAGCUGAACACGCGCGGCGAGCCCAGUGGCUUUGAAGGGGCGUCGGCUUAUGACAGAAACGACCGACGGGAUCCUUUGUAUAACUGGCGCAAUAGCCAGUGGCCGAACGAUUUCGAAAAACCGGAAUUGCUCUCUUGGUCGGAGCCGAACUACUUCCUGUCCUCUUCUGAGUCCGCGAAGCCGCCUCAGCCGAUCGACAUUCGCGUUGUCCGCAGAACGGAAACAGCGGUCUUCCUGUCGUUCGAUUUGCCCUCGGCUGCGACAGAUUUCUCGGAAAUGAUUAGGCGCUACGGUGUGGAGACAGGUUUGAUUCCGGAGGAGACGAACGAUACUCUCUCGUCUACGAUAAAUGGUCCCAACGCCAGCUACCUGGAGACAAUUCCUUGGUCCUACUUUGCACUAGAGGCGCAGAGGAACCAGCACAAUCGCAUGUCGAGGGAGGAUAUGAAGUUCGACUACCAAGUGGCUGCUUUGCAAUAUUUCCAAAAUGUGACUGCGAGGUUCAACGAUCCAACACCGUAUCCAUUCACCAAUAACGCGACGAACGUGUCGAAUUGCACAAUCAAUGGCACAAUCUUUGCAGAUCGGGAGUACAUCGACGCAAAUGGAACCUUGCAAUGCGUGUACAACGAUUCGUUUGCGGCAUUGAAUACUACUAGUAGUGCAGUACCAGAACAGCUGUUGUUGUCCAACGCAUCAACGGCCAAUGCUUCGAUCCAGCGAUUCCCCCUUUCGCCGUUCCGACCUCUGUGCGACUACUAUUCUCGCUGUUUCUUCACUGUUUACGACGAUACGAACUUCAACCAAUACGUGCCCUUCAUCGACCACCAAUUCAACAAGGUGAUGUGGAACGGAAACAGCCGACUCGCGGUUUUAGAGAACCUCACACCCGGUCAAAAGUACAACAUCUCUUUGACUUUCGCUACUGAUGCGGGUGAGAGCGAGAGGACGAACUUUGAGUUUGCAGCUGGAUUUGUGCCGGUCAUGCCGGAGAGGGUUUUGAGAGCGCAAUGUGUGGAUUGCAAGCCGCCGAGGAACUUGACAGACGAGGAAACGCUGCGCUGGAACAUCAGUUGGACCACCUUCAUGGAGGAAGAUCCGGAGUUCACGAAAUAUUUCCCCAUUUUGAGCUACGAAGUUUUGGUGGUGGACUAUUACCAAGCAACAGUGGCGAGUGAAACGAUUGCAGCGGACGAAGCGGAGGAAACGCAGUAUGUUGGGUACACGAACGAGAGUCAUUACUUUACACCAUUGGCGGAUCCGAGGAUACAGCCAGGUUGGCGCGGAGGCAGCGGAAUUCCGCAUUUAGAUCACCCGAAUCGCUUGUUGCCAGUAGUGAGUGGCGAUGUUUUCGAUGAGGUCACUGGAGAAUUGAAAAUUAGUGACGGAUUAAACUUUUCCUCCACUUUUGCCAACUUCAGCUACAACGUCACGACCUACCACCUGUCUGAGCAGUUUUUAGAGCUGGAUUUGCAGCCGACAAAGCAGUAUUCGAUUCGCGUACGCGCGCAGAAUGUGGUUGGGCUUGGUGCUUGGAGUUUCUUACGCGAUUUCAUGGUCGCUGCACAACCGACACCACCACGGAAUAUCGAGAUCACUCACGAUUCUGAUCGGAGCGUCGUCUUGCAUUGGGCUCCGCCAGUCAAUAACGGCGGUUCGAAGGACAACCGCUUGAUCACAAUCGCUUACUACCAAUUGUACGGCAUUUUGGCUUCCGAGGGCGUCGCAGUGCAAGUACAACCUCUGCUGUCCUACAUCUACGAUACGCAUUUAGAAUUAGGAGGUCUAGGCCCUGGGGUGUUCAAGGAGUACGCUAUUACGGCUAUCAACACGGCGAAACAAGAGUCCGAAUACCUGAAGUUUGGCCUGCAUGUGGGAUUGCCACCUAGAAAAAUGGCUGAAGUGAAUCUGCACAAUGUGACCAACACUAGUGUGUUCGUGUCUUGGACAAAGCCGACUUCAGCUUUGCCGAUUCUCGAGUACCAAGUCGCGACAGAUCCUUGGCCAAGUUACUACGCAGCUGCGAAUUUGACCUCGAAAUUCAAUAGUACUACGAAUGCGAGUGAAGAAGGCAGGAUCGAGGAGACUGUGCAGGUUCCGCCGCCAUCGAAUUCGACCAUCGUCUUCUCCGGUUCAGCGGAUGCGAGUUUCGAACUCACGGACUCGAGUGUGGUGGUUACUGGUUCUUUUGUACGGUUAAAAGUGCGUGCCAAGAACGUCAACGGUUACGGGCCAUGGAGUGAGGCAAAGCAGUUCUUGAUCGGCGAUUGGUUCGAGACGUAUUUGCAACCUCCCAAACUGUCGAUCCCUAGUGCGAGUGAGACGACAAUCACGGUAGCGUGGAAAGAUUCGGUCACCGCGUUGGCGAAGACGGAACAUCUAGUGGAGUACGAGGUUUCUUGCGUGAGCAAGCGGGACAACAGACUGGCAGAGUCAAUUCGCGUUAGGCGAUACGGAUUGGGACAGCAAAAGUUCACCUUCGAGAAUUUAUUAGUUGGUAACUUGUACAAGCUCACUGUAGCAAGUUGCGAUGCGAAUAGUUGUGGCGCAGUUGCUGAGAUCGAGUCCUACGCAGCCUUAGUGCCAAUGCCGCCUUUGGCGCCAUACAGAGUAUUCGUGCCGAAUCCAGUGAACGCGAGGACACAGGAUUUGUGUCCAGAAAGGCGCUCUUACGAUGUUUUCUGGACCAUGGACACGGAAAAGCCAGGUCAGACGGACGUCUUCUGCCACAAGGCUGUGAGGAACAACUUGACCACAGUAGAAUUAGUCGAGCGAGUGAACGUGAGUGAAAUUUUCAAUGCGACAAGCAAUCGAAGCGAAAACGUCUCCGUUAUGUACUAUGAGAACGUUAGCACUACAGCGGAAGUCGAGACGGCACCUGCAGAGAUGCUCAACACCACACUCGUCGUUGGUUGGGACUUGAUCAAAAAUCGACAAAGGGAUGGCGGAUUGCCCAUCGAAAAGUACAAGGUCUACGUGUCUGACGUAUCGGAUGCGGAAGGUGGUGUCUUUUCUUUGCUGGGGGAAGUAGAUCAACCAUUCUUGAAGGGAGCAACGAGCUACAGUGGCGGACUCUUCAUCUUCAAAGCGUGCGAGGCAGAUGACGUCCGAAGCGCGUUUGAAUUGGCGAAUACUCAAGAGGACUACGAUUAUCGGUAUUUGCCUGCCAGAACGGCGUCGACCUACUACAGCGGAAGCGGAGCUUUGGAGGCGGAGAAUGAGGCGAAAUUCGCCAAAUUGCAAAGCAGUUCUGCUGCUGCUGGCAGUCUAACGGAUCCGACAACGCUUACCUCCAGCAAUCCGAACGCCUCAACAUCGAAUCCGACUGGCGCCCUUGGACGCUACUACAAGGUUUCUGCAGUUAAUAUGGUCGGCGAAUCGCCACUCUCACGUGAGAGUUUACUCUAUUGCGGUCCUGUGCAUCCGCAACCAGACCCGAUUGCGCCGAGUGAGGUCGAAGUGGUUCAGCCAAGGUCUGACUUGCGUGUGAAGCUUCCUUGGACCUACAACGGUACCAUUGACAACCUCGGAGACUAUCAGACGGUGGACAACCUGAUGCGGUACGAGCACGAAAACAAGGUUGUUGAAACCGCUAGCAGGGGUAAACUUGCGGGAACGCCACUGACGGCGACGAACUUUGGCGUUACUGUGGGAUCCUUGUCUGCGACAUCAGAUGUGCAGCUUCCUCCAAUUAGCAAGAUUCAGGUCAUUCUCUACAUCGAGGAAACAAUUCCAUCCCUCGGUGAUCGCGACAAGCAGUGGGUCUACGCGCAAGCAGAUGGUCACUACAAGCACGAAGAGCAGUACCACAGGCGCAUGGCGGAUCGAUACUACUACAAGAGUCAGGAAUUCUUGCCUUUCCUCGAGAGUACCUUCAAAAACUCACGCUUGACGGAACUCACGUCUUUCAAGAACCGUGCAUCCUACUACCGCUACAAACAGCCGUUCUACUACAACCACUACGCGGACAAUCCGUACCAGCAGAUGUUAAGGCUUGAGAAAAUCCAUCUUCACAGGCAUCUCUGUCCCGUUUUCAAGGGAAAAGGAGAUCCAAGAUGCUCACCGCGAUGGAUUUCUGCAAGGUCUAAAGAUGGUGAAUACUUUCACCAUGUGGAAUUCGGUAGCGGACAAAUUGCAGAAGACUGGAGGAAACUUCGCUUAUCGCGAGUUCGCAAAUGUCACUUUGACAGACCCGUUCACCUCGCACUACACGUUCGAGAACUUGCGCGAAGGAAACUACUACUGGAUCAAAUACAGGGUUGGAUCGCCCAUAGGUUGGUCUCAGUUCUCUGCCCCAAGUCGUUUCUACGCGUCCAAGUUGCCGACAAAACCCAUGCAACCAUUUGGCGUGAAUGCUAGUGUUAACGCUUUAGAAAUCGCGUGGUCGUACGAUGACGACACAACCUUCGCUCUCCAGAACAAAGAUAUCAUCUUCUGGAAGGUCUACGUGCAUGAAAAUCCGGUUUUUUCGGAGAAAAACGUGUUUGCGAAGACUCCAGGACCGAGGUACGUUCACGACUGUGUCGCGACCAACCAUUCGCAAGCUCAGCUAUACUUCUGGGUAGCAGGCGUCAACGGUGCAGGCGAAGGCGUGAGGAGUGACGUUUUGAGAUGGAGCUGCAGUGGUAACAGCACCUUAAUUUACUGAUUGUGCUUGUUUCCUUCGUCUCUGUCGUCAUAGUUUGUAGCACUUUGUUCUUAUACUAGGACCAGCAUUAUAUUCAUAAUAUUGAAGAUGUAAUCUUUGUCCUUCUGCAACAGAUAUCCCGGCCCAGCCUCGACCGCCGCAAAUGUACUACUACACCGGUCAAAGCGGGUACGUGUGGGACUUGCUCGAGCCUAAUAGGAGUGACUACGUCACUCUCAAUUGGACACACGGUGAAACCUAUGGCGCUGACGUGGUUGGCACCAAGCUCAUCUGUCAAGGCAAUGAGAAGGAACUGCCUUUGCGUGUGUUUUACAAUCGGCAGCACGAAACUGUCGAGGCCGGUUUUGGGGAUGGCCUCUUGGAGAGGGCGUUUUUCAUUGAGGGCAGAGACACGACGAUUGUGAAUAUCACGUCGUUUAACCCUACGCAGGAGUACAUGUGCAGUGUGGCAACGAUAUCGGAUGUAGGCGAAUCAGUGAGGUCUCACCCACCGACGUUCAUCCAGAUGGCGGGCAAGCCUUUGGCGCCACCUUACGCGCCGAAAUACGUGUCCUCAACGCUGAUCCCGAACCCGUCGAUGACCAUCGAAUACGAUCCGUCGAGUAUAGGCGUCAAUGGCGGCAAGUUGAAGUCCAUUUACAUCUACGUCUCAAUUGAUGGCGUUUUGUGGGAAACGACCUACCUCCUGCAGCCUUACAUCUACAACUUGGAUGACGUCAGUCCGCCCUACUACCACGUCCAAGACUGCCGCGACCCCAAGUUACAGGGUGACAGGGAGAAGCAAUUCCUGUGGUUCCGGUAUGCGGGUUAUACCGAAAACGGUCUAGGAGGCUUGAGUCCUGCUUUGAAGAAGCGUUGCAGUGCCUUUAUGGCUACAGGAAAAGCUGUACUCAUCCUCAACAAGAGACUUCUACGCUACUAUAGCCUCAUCUAAGUAGAAGACUGCCACUGCCUCUUUGCUUGAGUAUCUGAGUACACUUGUUUUUGCUUUCAUAGCUUUGCCAGCCUUUCCCUUGCCAAUUGAAGUCGCAGAUCGGCGCUACAAUCCUGAGUCGGAACGUGGUGAAAUGCUAAUGACCUGGCAAAUGCCGAAUCUGUAUGGUGCGCAGCAUGUUGCAACCAAGAUCUGGUGGGAUUACGGCAUGUCCUACGCCGCUGGCGAUCCAGGUUACAGGUUCUUGGCAACGAUCACGGACACGACGCAAAUGACCUACUGGUUGAGGAACUUGAUCCGCGGGCAACGCUACCGAGUCCGCUAUUCCAUCGUGUCUGACGUAGGGGAAGGCCCAAGAAGCGACGCAGUAUCGAAACUCUUCGCAGGACCAAUGCUGCCAGCGCCGAAGCCGAUUAGGGCCAGUUCGCAGAUGAGCUCUGUACAAGUCCGCUUCGUCUACGACCCCACAGAACUGUACACGGCUUUGGAGUGUCAACCAGGAACUUGGACUGUGUACACGAGUACAGACGGCUUCAAUUGGAACUUUGCGACGCCAUAUGGCACGACAGGGUGGACGCAAGGUACCAUAACCAACUUGUUGGUUCUUCCUUCUAAGUUACUUUGAAAUCUUGAUGAACGAUAAUAUUGCUUUCCAUUUAUUCAUCAAAUAAAUUGAAAUUGUAUCAACAGCUGGCGGCACGAUUCAAGUCACUGGUAGCCCUCGGACUUACGUCUGGGUUCAGGCAAAACUCUCAGCCGGCUUCCAAUGCCCAGAAGGCCUCGAGGACGUUUGGACGCCGGUCGAGAAGUUCUUUAUUGGGCGUACGCCAGCGACAGUCGGUGCUAUUCGCAAGGUCAGUAGCACGCAGAGCUCUAUUUUGUUCAAGAUGGAACCUGGCCUCAUCUUUGGGUGCAGACUUGAGGGGUUCGAAUUUCGGUACCAGAAAGCAUACCUGAAACCUGGUGACUUUGGCCCAACGAUUGAGCACUACGUCCACGUACCAGCAGUGGUUGGAGAUGCUCAUUCCGAGUACAACUUGACGAAUCUCGAGUUCGAUGUGCCCUACCGAGUGCAGUACAGGGUGAUAACGGAAUGUGGAACGUCGAAUAGACAGGACGACAAUAGUGCAGCGAGUUUGUUCUACACAGGAGGGUUGAUGGAUCCACCAGACGACGCUUAUCCGGACAAUGGAAGGACCACAAACGCGCAAAUGGCCUUGAUCUGGCCCAAGUGGGGACUUACACCGGGACACGAUACUUACAGAGGUACUUCUGUUCAUGUGCUGAAAUUAGACUUUGAGUCAUGCUCAUGUACGUAGGGAAGAUCCUAUUAAAAUUUUUGUCGUUCGUUGCCUCCAUUCAACACCUAGGACAACGUUCCUAGUAACUAACAAACUAGAUGUACUAGUUUUUCUUUAAAAAUACCGACGUCGAUGACAAACAUUACAUUUUCAAUAUCUCCUCCACCGUUUUUAUCGUGCUCUCUCACAAGGUACAUUUAUCUGUAUACUGUUUUUACCUCUCACCAGGUCCAACAUUUAUCUAAGAAAAAGAUUGAGACUCCUUACGCUUACACCAUCCUCUCUCACCACCACCAGGCACAAUCUAUCAACCGGAGUACUACAUUUACAUGUCGACGGAUCCCAACCACUUUCCGGAGAAUCCGACAGCUGUGAUCCCCACUAAGAGCCCUGAGGCUGCAGACUAUGCGAUCUCACCCAGUACGGAAACUCGUCUUUUUGUUUUUGUGAAUUAUAGAUGAAUUAGAAGUCAACAUCAUAGUUUUUAUGAUACAUUUUCAUUUCAUAAAUAUAUCACCUCUUCUUUUGUAGCAGCCAGUUUCCUCGUGUACUAGCUUUUCAGAAAUUAUAUCACAAUUUGAGAAUCUUCUUGCUUCAUGGAUAUUAGAUUCAUUUAUUAAGAAGCUCAUCUUAUUUCUUCUCUUCCUACUCUCCCCAAGCUCAUCUCCUUCACAGAUCCUGAAAUCACGUUUUCUUGCAACUUGCCGGACCAUGCCGCUGUCGCUGGGGGCGCCGUAAACCCUCCCGCUGUUGACUUCCGAGAAGGGGGCGCGGUGUAUGUGAAAAUGGUGCUCUACGACGUGGUAACUGCGCGUUUUGGCACCCCAACAAGGAUCCAGAAGUUUUAAGGCUCACAAUUUCACUUCCAGUUCCAAGGGACAUUUGCAUUUUCUUCACUUUCCCUUCUUAGGAUUCUGAAGAAAUGAAGGGAAGAAAUCAAUUGUUUUAGGCUCUAAGAGUUCCUGUGCACGUUCUUACCGCAACGACCGACAUUGUCAGUGGUAGAGACCUCGCCGACAACGUUGACAGUAGGCUGGACUGACGUAGACUGGUUCAAGGCGGAAUUUGUGUACAUAAACUUGCUCGCUUUGAUGUCGAUGUGACUUUGUGGUUUGAUGAGGUCUUCAAAUCAUAGAUAGCACACCAUCAGCCACACUUGUUGGUCGUUUAUUCAAAUCACAAGCACUAACACUUAAGUUACCAGAUAUAAAUAUCACUAUCCCGUCCUGAAAAAGGAAAACAUGUUUCACUUUCCUCCAAACAUGCUAUCAAAUUCAGUGCCUUCGCUCUCUGGAUCGAUGACGGGCUUGGUGGAACGAUGAUCAACGUCAUGAACGUGACCGACACGAAUCAGCGACAGGUCCAAUUCGACAACCUCUACGCAGCACGGCUCUACACUGUGCAGAUCAACUUGAUCUCGACGGCAGGACAUAGCCCGUACUUAUAAAAAUUGCUUUGAUGAUAUUUGACUUGAUUUCGACGGCGGGACAUAGCCCGUACUUAUAAAAAUUGCUUUGAUGAUAUUUGACUUGAUUUCGACGGCGGGACAUAGCCCGUACUUAUAAAAAUUGCUUUGAUGAUAUUUGACUUGAUUUCGACGGCGGGACAUAGCCCGUACUUAUAAAAAUUGCUUUGAUGGUUAUUGAAUAUAUCGAUGCUGCACUGGGUCUGGGUCUGUUGAUACAGUAGAUCUACAAACAUCUAGAUUUAAUGCUAUAAUCAUCUUCUUCGCUACAAACAUCUAGAUUUAAUGCUAAUGAUCAUCUUCUUCGCAGUUUAUUGAAGAAUGCGGUCGUGCAGGACAGGUCGCUUAUCACAAAACAGAUGCCAAAAACCCUAAGCCCUAAGCCCAGGCCCUCCACCCUCUACAAGUAUUCACAGGAACAUAAAAAUGCUCUACUUCUGCUCAACAGGUACCACUCCACCACCGCAUACACGUGCUCUCUUCCUGAGAGGCAACCAAUACCGUAUCCGGUCAGAACGUCUAUCUCGAAUAGUCUCAAUGUUGGAUGGGAGUUACCAGGCUAUGAUGGUGGCUGCCCAUUGGUAG